AUGAGCUUACUGAAUGCAGGAGGAUUUACACUGAGAAAAUGGGCCGGAAAUGAUCCAGAUUUAUGGAAAGAAGAUCAGCAAGUACCUGAACCACUAGAAAUCAGAGAGGACGAAGCAAGAACCUCAUUAGGGAUGAGAUGGUUCCCACAACAAGACGUAUUCAGGUUCAGAGUGGAAGUCCGCGACAAGUCACUGACAAAGCGCAGCAUAAUGUCAGAUAUCGCAAAGAUAUUCGAUCCGCUAGGAUUAGUCAGCCCAGUGACAAUAACAGCAAAAUUAUUAAUUCAAGAGCUAUGGAUGAAGUCAGUCACAUGGGACCAGGAAGUACCGGAAGAUAUAGCGGAAAAAUGGACAAACUUUCGUAAGGAGGUAGUUCUAUUACAAGAAUUAAAGAUCCCAAGAUGGAUUCAGCACACAGACGAAGAGCUACAGCUACACGGAUUCUGCGAUGCUGCCGAAAAAGCGUAUGGAGCUGCAGUAUACACCAGAUCGAAGGAUGGAGAAGUAACAUUACUCACAUCAAAGACGAAGGUAGCACCAAUCAAGACGAAAAUAACCAUACUUAAAUUGGAGUUGUGCGCGGCAGUUUUAUUAGCAAGACUACUGGAGAAAGCAGCUACAGCUCUGGAGAUUCCAAACAUCACAAUAUAUGCAUGGAGUGAUUCAACUAUAGCGUUAGCAUGGAUAAAAGGAGACCCUAAUCGAUGGAAAUCAUUUGUGGCUAAUCGAGUUACAGAGAUAAACAAGCUCGUACCUCACCACCACUGGAAGCACGUUCGCACAGAGGAAAACCCAGCCGACAUCUUAUCACGGGGAUACCCAGCAUCAAAAAUUCAAGCCAACCCAAUCUGGUGGAACGGACCCGAAUGGUUGAAAACAAGCGAAUGGCAGGAGUAUCAAACACCGAAAGUCACAACGGAUCAAGAGAUGAAACGAUGUUUAGUAGCCACAACGUCGUUGAAAGACGAUAGUAUCAUAAGUCGGUUCUCAUCGUUAUCAAGAUUACUAAGGGUAAUAGCCUACUGCAAUAGAUUCAGCAGGGCCUGCAGAAAACAUCCAAGCCAACAGACGUGCGUAAAAGUAGAGGAGCUGGAAAGGUCGAUGAAUCAGCUAAUUGCACUGACGCAAAGGUUGGAGUUUGGGAAAGAAAUAAAAACACUUCAAAGGCAGCAACAGUUGGAAAACAGCAACAAGUUAACAUCACUAAACCCAUUCGUGGAUGGAGAAGGAAUGCUGCGAGUAGGAGGAAGACUGCACAAUUCGAGGUUGGCAUUUAACGAAAAACAUCCCAUAAUACUACCACCAAAACAGCAGUUAACACACCUGGUGAUAGUGGACGCACAUAUCCGGACCUUGCACGGAGGAGUCCAGCUCACAAGCGCAUACUUACGAAGGAAAUAUUGGAUCAUAAAUGGCAAGAAAGCAGUAAAAGCGAUCAUCCACAGCUGUACAACAUGCAUUCGGUACAGGAAGCAAACAAUGCAUCAGUUAAUGGGACAGUUACCUACGGCCAGGGUAACACCAAAUCCACCAUUCACACACACCGGGAUAGAUUAUGCCGGUCCAAUCAGCAUACGAGCCUGGAAAGGAAGAGGUCACAAGGCGUACAAAGGAUACCUAGGUAUAUUCGUCUGUCUGUCAACCAAAGCAAUACAUCUGGAAGCAGUUGGUGACUUGUCGACAGAAACAUUUCUGGCUGCUUUAAGAAGGUUCAUGGCAAGAAGAGGUCAUUGUGCGCACAUAUACUGUGACAACGGGACGAACUUCGUAGGCGCCAGCAAUUUACUUCAAGCUGAGAUACAGACCGUGAUAGAGGAAGUUGGGAAGAAACAGGAAGGCACACUCGGAAUUAAAUGGCAUUUUAUACCAGCAGCCACACCACAUCAUGGAGGGCUGUGGGAAGCUGGAGAAGAGCUUACAACCCUUAUAUAUCAGAUCGAGGCGUGCUUGAACUCGAGACCGCUAAUACCACUCAUCAGUGAACCAGGAGGCAUAAUAUUAACACCCGGUCACUUUUUAAUUGGAAAAGCAUUAAUUGGUCCAGUCGAAAAUAUAAACGUCACCAUCGAAGAGAACCUGAGUGCUAGAUGGCGGUUGAUUCAAAAAAUGAACAGAGACUUCUGGAAGACAUGGUCAUCAGAAUACCUAAGCAAUCUACAGCAAAGGUACAAAUGGAAGCAAAGUAAAGAAAACGUGGCAGUCGACGAUGUGGUACUAAUAAAAGAAGAUAAUAUACACCCAGCAAAAUGGCCGCUAGCAAGGGUAACAGAAGUACAUCCCGCAAAAGAUGGGAAGGUACGAGUAGUAACGAUCCGCAAACAAGGAGGAAAGAUCAGCAGAAGAAGUGUACAGCAGCUAAUAACAAUCCAUUCAAAUCCAGAACGAGCACAGGAGUCACAGAUGAUGGAGCCACUGUACGCCAACCCAGGUACCAGUCAGCCGUUGCGGCCGGGGCAAGAUGUUCAGUUGUCAACUGUACAUGCACCAUUGCGGCCGGCAGAAUGUUCAAUCACAGAUUAA